AUGAUGUGCGAGGUGAUGCCGACCAUCAGUGAGGCAGAAAUCCCCCCCGGAGGAGGUGGGAGCCAUGGCUCAGGCUCCCCUUUACAACCAGAUGCUGAUUCACACUUUGAACAAUUAAUGGUCUCCAUGUUGGAGGAAAGAGAUCGUCUUCUGGACACACUUAGGGAGACCCAGGAAACACUUGCCUUGACCCAAGGCAAGUUGCAUGAGGUUGGCCAUGAAAGAGAUUCCUUGCAGAGACAGCUCAAUACUGCACUCCCGCAGGAGUUUGCAGCACUGACUAAGGAACUCAAUGUCUGCAGGGAACAACUUCUUGAAAGAGAAGAAGAAAUCGCUGAACUAAAAGCAGAAAGAAACAAUACUCGGCUGUUGUUGGAACAUUUGGAAUGUCUUGUCUCCAGGCAUGAGCGCUCUCUAAGGAUGACAGUUGUGAAGAGACAAGCACAGUCUCCUGCAGGGGUGUCUAGCGAGGUGGAAGUACUCAAGGCACUAAAGUCGCUGUUCGAGCACCAUAAAGCCCUGGAUGAAAAGGUGAGAGAACGAUUGCGAGUAGCACUGGAAAGGUGUAGUUUACUGGAGGAAGAAUUAGGUGCCACCCACAAAGAGUUAAUGCUUCUGAAGGAGCAGAACAAUCAGAAAAAAACACUAGCAGAUGGAAUGUUGGACAUCAGUCAUGAACAGGAAAACACACCGAGCACAAAUGGCAAGAGAUCUUCUGAUGGGUCUUUAAGUCAUGAGGAAGACUUGGCAAAGGUGUUAGAGCUCCAAGAAAUUAUAGAGAAGCAGUCAAAGGAGCAAAGCCAGAUGAAGGAGCGACUGGCAGCCCUGUCCAGCCGGGUGACUGAGCUGGAGGAAGACCUAGACACUGCCCGAAAAGAUCUCAUCAAAUCAGAAGAAAUGAACAGCAAGCUACAACGAGAUGCCCGAGAAGCAAUGGCCCAAAAGGAGGACAUGGAGGAGAGGAUCACAACUCUUGAAAAACGCUACCUCGCCGCCCAGCGGGAAGCUACAUCCGUGCACGACCUCAAUGAUAAACUUGAAAAUGAAAUUGCUAAUAAGGACUCUCUUCAUCGGCAGAGUGAAGACAAAAACCGCCAGUUACAAGAACGCUUGGAAUUGGCAGAGCAGAAACUGCAGCAGACUUUGAGAAAAGCAGAGACCUUGCCAGAGGUGGAAGCUGAGCUGGCCCAGAGGGUGGCAGCACUCUCCAAGUCUGACCUUUUGUCUUCUGGGAACUCUGCUGCUAAGGAGGCUAAACUGUUCGAACUUACUUCCAAGCUUAGGAAGGCUGAAGAGAGACACGGCAACAUCGAAGAGCGAUUGCGACAGAUGGAAGCCCAGUUGGAAGAAAAGAAUCAAGAAUUACAGAGGGCACGACAGAGAGAAAAGAUGAACGAGGAACAUAACAAACGCUUGUCAGACACUGUGGACAAGCUCCUCUCUGAGUCCAAUGAGAGGCUCCAGCUUCACCUGAAGGAGAGAAUGGCGGCUCUGGAGGAUAAGAAUUCUCUGCUUCGAGAAGUUGAAAUUGCCAAAAAGCAAGUAGAAGAAACCCAACAUGACAAGGACCAGCUGGUGCUCAACAUGGAAGCCCUGAGGGCCGAAAUAGACCAGCUGCGGAUCCGCGGUGGUGGAUCGCUGCAUCCUGGCCGCCCACACCUGGGCAGUGUGCCCGACUUCCGGUAUCCAGUGGCAGACAGUCCCACUGAUCCUUAUAGCACCACAUCAGUAUUGCGGCGGGCCCAGAAGGGCCGUCUUGCAGCUCUGCGGGACGAGCCUUCCAAGGUCCAGACUCUUAAUGAACAAGAUUGGGAGCGUGCCCAGCAGGCCAGUGUCUUGGCCAAUGUCGCCCAGGCCUUCGAGAGUGAUGUCGACGUAUCUGAUGGGGAGGACGAUAGAGACACGAUUUUCAGCUCCGUGGAUCUGUUGUCGCCCAGCGGACAGGCAGACGCCCAGACCUUAGCCAUGAUGCUUCAGGAGCAGCUGGAUGCAAUCAACAAGGAAAUCCGAUUGAUUCAAGAAGAAAAAGAAAACACAGAGCAGCGGGCAGAGGAAAUCGAAAGCCGCGUGGGAAGUGGGAGUUUGGACAAUCUGGGCCGGUUCCGGUCACUGAGCUCCCUACCGCCCCAUCCCGGCUCCUGCCUCGCCGGGUCCUCUCCUCCAGGGAGUGGCCGCUCCACCCCAAGGCGACAUCCUCACAGUCCUGCCAGGGAGGUGGACAGGCUGGGGAUUAUGACUCUACCUAGUGAUUUAAGGAAACAUCGUAGAAAGUUGCCAGCUUCAAGAGAAGAGGUACGAGACGACAAGACCACCAUAAAAUGUGAAACCUCCCCCCCUUCUUCCCCACGGUCACUCCGUUUAGACAGACUCCACAAAGGAGCUUUGCACACUGUGAGCCAUGAAGACAUCAGGGACAUUCGAAAUUCCACAGGUUCACAAGAUGGUCAAGUAAGCAAUCCUAGCAGCAGUAAUAGCAGCCAAGAUUCCCUUCAUAAAGCACCGAAAAAGAAGGGAAUCAAAUCCUCUAUUGGUCGUUUGUUUGGUAAGAAAGAGAAGGGUCGGCCUGGACACCCUGGCAAAGAGUCCCUUGUGCAAGCUGGUGUAGCGGACACAGAUAACUCCUCUCCAGAUGCUUUAGGAAUUAACAAAUUGGGAGGGCAGGCUGAGAAAAACCGAAAGCUGCAGAAAAAGCAUGAACUGCUUGAGGAAGCUCGAAGACAGGGCCUGCCAUUUGCACAGUGGGAUGGGCCAACUGUGGUUGUCUGGCUCGAGCUGUGGGUCGGGAUGCCUGCAUGGUACGUGGCAGCUUGCCGAGCAAAUGUGAAAAGUGGGGCCAUCAUGUCUGCCCUGUCAGACACUGAAAUACAGCGGGAAAUUGGAAUCAGUAAUCCUUUGCACAGGUUAAAAUUGAGGCUCGCUAUUCAAGAAAUCAUGUCCUUGACAAGCCCUUCUGCUCCACCUACAUCAAGAACGAGCACGGGGAAUGUCUGGUUAACACAUGAAGAGAUGGAAAACCUCACAGCCACUCCACAAACGGACGAUGAGGAGGGAAGCUGGGCUCAGACAUUAGCCUAUGGUGACAUGAAUCACGAGUGGAUUGGCAACGAGUGGCUGCCCAGCCUGGGCCUCCCUCAGUAUCGCAGUUACUUCAUGGAGUGCCUUGUGGAUGCUCGGAUGCUGGACCACCUCACCAAGAAAGACCUGCGUGGGCAGUUGAAGAUGGUGGACAGUUUUCACAGAAACAGCUUCCAAUGUGGAAUCAUGUGUCUGCGAAGACUGAAUUAUGAUCGGAAGGAACUGGAAAGGAGAAGAGAAGAAAGUCAAAAUGAGAUCAAAGAGGUCCUCGUUUGGAGCAAUGACCGCAUGAUUCGCUGGAUCUUAUCCAUUGGCCUCAAGGAAUAUGCAAACAACCUCGUGGAGAGUGGCGUCCACGGGGCCCUCGUGGCCUUAGAUGAGACUUUUGACUUCAAUGCUCUGGCCCUCUUGCUGCAGAUCCCCACUCAGAACACACAGGCUCGUGCUGUCUUGGAGAGAGAAUUCAACAACCUUCUUGUUAUGGGCACUGACAGAAGGUUUGAGGAAGAUGAUGAUAAGAGCUUUCGACGAGCCCCUUCAUGGAGAAAAAAGUUCAGGCCCAAGGACAUUCGAGGUUUAGCUGCUGGCUCGGCAGAGACCCUCCCUGCGAAUUUCCGGGUCACCUCAUCUAUGUCCUCACCCUCUAUGCAGCCAAAGAAAAUGCAAAUGGACGGCAGUGUGUCAGGAAGCCAGAGGCUGGAUUCCACGACCGUAAGGACUUAUUCCUGUUAAAGCCUUCUGUUGUUUACCCACACUAUUUCUACCGAUGAUCAUGGACUGACCGCCCUGAACUCAGCCAGGAGCCCACCGUAGAAUCGAGAGGAUCUUUAAUCUGUUAAUACUUGUUAUAUGGACAAUGAGAUAUUUUAUUACAGAGUUUUUAAUUAGUAAAGAAAUCCAUGAAUACCAUAGAGAAAAUAUUUUAGAAUUAAAUGUUUCUUAUAUUUAUGUAAACUUCUGUGACUUCAUUUAUACAGUUACUUACUUUUUCAUGUGUAUCCAGAUUAUAAAUAUCUUUUCCAAUCAAUUCAUGAGGUUCUUAUACUUAAUUUGUUAGUCACCUGAAUGUACUGUAAUGCUUGUAAGUAUGAAUCCUAUGAACAAAAUAGGGUUUUUUGUAAAUUAUGCAGUUAUUGUAAUUAUCAUUGUUUAAUUUUUUAAAAUAAUAAACCUGACAAAUGAGGAUUUUACUACAUUUGUAAAAAGUGCCCUAGGACGCAGGAGCAGCAUCGUCGCACCAAACACAAACACUCGGGAAACAAUCCUUCUUCGUGCUUCUGGGACAGGCAGUUUUUCGUCCCGCGGCUCGGGCCGCUCUCGGGCCACCUCUCUCCACACCCUCUGCUGUCCUGCAGCCCGAACCGAGGCGCCUUCCCGGCCGGACAAGCGCUUUCCUCCCCGCUCCCUCGUCCCUGAAGCCAUUGGUCGAGGCUCGGAUGCAAUUCUCCUUCGAGGACCAAUCACUGCGCGCCGCGGCCCCGGCGCCCCCUUGAACCCAGGCCUUACUCUUGUCACGUCCGCGUCUGUCUGUCUGUCUGAGUCGUCUUCGUCGGGACACGUUUGGGGGUUUCAUGGUCUCGCCGUCCCCUCUCAGACUGCGGAGAAUGUACCUCCGACUGGGCCAGCGGCGCCCGCGGUGCAUUAUUUAUUAUGCAACUUGUCGGCGAGCCUCCUCCUCGCCGGUCCUGCUUUUAACGGACUUGUAGAACUCGGCGUUCUGUUGUUUUUCUAUUAAUCUUUUGUGGACUUUCUGAUUAUGUAACAAAGUCUGUACAGCCUUCUUCGGAACUAUUUUUAUCACAGUAUUAUUUAUUGCUUUCUUUCAAUAAAGUACUGAAGCCUUUUCCACUGCCAAUAA